AUGGCUAAUGAUAUUCAAAUAGUUUUUAUAGCUGUACUUACACUUUUAUUUUUUUCAAUAAUUCCGUUUGUUACUGCAAUUGACUUAUUUCUGUAUCCUGCUUUAAAGAUAAUAACUAAUUCCGAGUUUGAACUCGCAUUCUGUAAUCUGAAUAUCACAUUAGCAUGCAUUUACGGAAUUGGACAAUUAGAUUGUUGUGUUCUCGCUAUAGGUGCAUUGGCCAUCAUGGUGUCAAAUAGAUUCAAUUAUCUGUCUGAUGCAGUCGAUGAAUUGACAAAAAACGAAAGUUUUCUAAAAAAUAAAAUCGAAACCUUGAUUGAAACUCAUUGGGAUUUAUGGACUUAUUUACAAGAAGUAAACCUUGUUUGUGAAGCAUAUCUUCCAGCCGUAUAUUGUUGCGGAGUGUAUCAGACAAGUUUCUUUUUCUGCGCAGUUGUUUUCUUUGAACUUGAUGGUGUAAUGCGUCUUGUAUUUUCUUUUAUUUUGAUAACUCUGGUUGUCGUAGCAAUGGUAGUAUCUUUUCAACUAUCUCGUUUCACAUCUUUGCUGUACCGGAAAUUCAUCGAAAUCGAUAAAUUGUGUUCUGCUGAUUUACCGCUAGAGACCAAAAUGAAGAUGUUGAAUUUUAUGAAAAGAUACGGUAAUACUCCAUUUGGAAUAAGCAUCGGUGGAUUUUUCUAUGUGAAAAAAAACUUCUUCAUUCGAGUUCUGAGUGCCAUAUAUUCAUCGCUGUCUGUUUUGACAGAACUUUUAGUUGCAAAGAAACCAUCUUCUUGUAAAGUUGAAAUUAGAGAUUUGAUUCAAUAAAGCUAUUGAAUUAAAUUGCACCACAGCCCUGACUUGAAUGUUUGAAUAACAGCAGACUUACUACAAGGAAACGAGGUAUUUUUGUGUUAGAAAAAGGAAAUCGAUUGUCGAUUUAUCAGAAAAAUUUGGAAUCUGAAAAAAAUCAAAGCAAAUAUUUCUUAGAAACUUCAAGAUUUGACUGUCGACUAUUUUGUAAAAAGUUACGAUUUCCAUUCGACAAUAAAUUUAUG